AUCCCAUGUUACCUACAAGCCAAUAAAAAGAAAACUGAUCUGAUAAUUAAAGUAGAUGAUUUUAAAGAUUUCAAGAAGUUGUUAAAAACUAAAACUAAUUUAUUAGUAAUAUACGCCCAGUCUGAUAAAUCAGUGUCUCAGUCGUGGUCUAUAUUUCAAAAUGUAGCCAAUGAAAUCCGAGGGAAAGGAACAUUGGCUUUCAUCAACUGUGGUGAAGAAAAGAAAUUAUGUAAAAAAUUAAAAGUUUCACCAACUACAUUCGAUAUAAAACAUUAUAAAGAUGGUGAAUUUAAUAAAGAUUAUGAUAGAAAAAUAUCUUUAAAAUCUAUGUUGAAUUUCCUAUUGGAUCCUACUGGUGAUUUACCAUGGGAGGAAGAUCCAACAGCUCAAGAUGUAGUACAUAUAGAUACAGAGGGAGGUUUAGCUAAACAAUUAAAAAAGAACAAAAGUCCACAUUUAGUGAUGUUUUACGCACCAUGGUGUGGAUAUUGUAAGAGGUUGAAACCUGAUUAUUCUGCUGCUGCUACUGAGAUGAAAGGACAAGCUGUAUUAGUUGGUAUUGAUGUUGAUAAACCACAGUUAAUGUCAUUAAGAACACAGUAUAAUAUCACUGGAUUCCCUACACUCUAUUAUUUUGAAAAUGGUAAACUAAAAUAUCCAUUUGGUGGAGAGAACAAUAAAGAUGGUAUUGUAUCAUGGUUAAAAAAUCCUGGUCCACCUAAAGAACCCGAGAAGGAAGCAGAAUGGUCUGAUGAGGAAUCUGAUGUUGUCCAUUUAACAGAUGAGAAUUUCCAGGAAUCUCUUGAUAAAGAAUCAUCAGCGCUAGUCAUGUUUUACGCACCUUGGUGUGGUCAUUGUAAACAGAUGAAACCAGGUUAUACAGAGGCUGCUGCAACAUUAAAAUCAGAUAAUAUACCUGGUAUAUUAGCUGCUGUAGAUGCAACCAAACAUAGAAAAGUAGCUGAAGAAUUUAAAGUGAAGGGUUUUCCAUCAGUUAAAUAUUUUGUAAAUGGUAAAUAUGAAUAUGAUUUCAAUGAACGUUCUAAAGAAAAAAUUAUGGAAUUUAUGAAAGACCCAAAAGAACCACCACCCCCUCCCCCACCAGAGCCUAAAUGGGAAGAAACAGAAAGUGAUGUCAUUCAUCUAACCGAAGAUAAUUUUAAACCUACUUUAAAGAAGAAGAAACAUGCUUUAGUUAUGUUUUAUGCUCCAUGGUGUGGACAUUGUAAGAAAGCGAAACCAGAAUAUAUGGCAGCAGCUUCUAAAUUAAAAAAAGAUAAUAAAGUAGCUUUAACUGCUGUUGAUUGUACCACACAAUCUGGUGUCUGUUCAGCACAUGAUGUAUCUGGUUAUCCAACCUUCAAAUAUUUUAAUUAUGGUAAAAAUCCACAGGUUUAUAUGGGAGGAAGAGUGGAAGCUGAUUUUAUUAGUUUUAUGAAAGAUCCAUUGAAUCCAAAUCCAGGAUCUCAACAAGCUGAGAAAGCAGCUGAUCCCAAAGAUGACUGGAAAGAAAUAACAGGAUAUGAAAAUAGUUUUAAUGACUAUAUUAAAAAUAAUAAAAACGUAUUAGUAAUGUUUUAUGCACCAUGGUGUGGCCAUUGUAAAAACGCGAAACCAGAAUACCAGUCUGCUGCGGAUUCUAUUCUGCCAGCAAGUGAAAAUAAAAUGGCUGCUGUUGACUGUACAGAACAUAAAGAAAUUUGUGGAAAAGAAGAUGUAAAAGGUUAUCCAACGAUCAAAUUUUAUCAGAAUGGUCAAUUUUCUAAAAAAUUCUCUGGUUCCAGAAAUAAACAGGGAUUUUUAGAUUUCUUCAAACAGGAAGAAAAAGCAGCUGAUUCUCAAACAGAUAAAAAAGAUUCUAAAAAGAAAGAUUCUAAAAAGAAAGAUUCUAAAAAGAAAGAUUCUAAGAAAGAUAAAGAUUCUAAGAAAGAUAAAGAUUCUAAGAAAGAUAAAGAUUCUAAGAAAGAUAAAAAGAAGGGUAAAAAAGAUAAAGAAGAAUUAUAA